GGAGCUGUUGGACCAUUACCAUAUUGCUUCAUAACAGGAUAACAGACCAGUCCCCCCUUGUAUUGUCACAGACUCACAGUUCCAAAUACUCGCAGUGACACAAAAAAAAAGCGCCAUUAGUUGGACCAUUACCAUAUUGCUUCAGAACACCACUUCAAUAUGCAGCGAUUUUCGCCAUUAACAAACCUCUGUUUUCUCAUCUCCAUUUAUUUAAGUUUUUUCGAAGUAGCUGUUUCCGAAGAAGGAUUUUGCUCAGCUCCAACUUCUGUCUUCAAUGGCGAAAAAUCGGGAGCUUUGUAUUGGAAAGUUACGAACCCCACUCUCUCACCUGCUCAUCUCGAAGAUUUACCUGGGUUUACUAGAAGUGUCUACAAAAAAGAUCAUGCACUGAUUACACCUGAAAGCCAUGUGCUGAGCCCUUUACCUGAGUGGAAGAAUACCCUGGGAGCGUAUUUGAUCACACCAGCAAUGGGUUCGCACUUCGUCAUGUACAUUGCCAAGAUGCAAGAUAAUUCUAGAUCAGCACCCCCUUCUGGUGAUGUUGAAAGGUUUAUAUUUGUGGUUAAUGGAGCUGUCACUUUGACAAAUGGUUCUGACAACAGUCAUAGAUUAAUGGUGGAUUCAUAUGCUUAUGUGCCUCCUAAUUUCCAGCAUUCGAUCGACAGUGAUGCACCUGCUACUCUUGUUGUUUUUGAACGAAGGUAUUCUUAUCUCGGUGAUCAUGUUCCUGAGGUGAUGAUUGGCUCGACGGAUAAGCAGCAGCUUCUUGAAACUCCUGGCGAGAUUUUCCAGCUCAGGAAGCUUCUUCCAACAUCAAUGGCCUAUGAUUUCAAUAUCCAUAUCAUGGAUUUUCAGCCUGGGGAAUUUCUUAAUGUUAAGGAGGUUCAUUACAAUCAACAUGGUUUAUUACUACUCGAGGGUCAGGGCAUUUACAGAUUGGGGGACAGCUGGUAUCCUGUUCAAGCAGGCGAUGCUAUAUGGAUGGCUCCAUUUGUGCCACAAUGGUAUGCUGCCCUUGGAAAAUCCAGGACACGUUAUCUGCUGUACAAAGAUGUAAACAGGAAUCCUCUGUAGUGAUGUUUGGACUAGUGAGGAAAAUACAGAAUGAUGGGUCUUUUGUGUAUCUUUGUACUGAAACUCCAUUUGUAAGGUCAUGGGCAAGUCUGUGUACAUGUACCAACCAAUAAAUACAUAAUAAAGAUUUGCAUAUGUCAUGGCCUUCUUGUUAUUGCUUGAAUGAAAAUGUACGUUUCCAAUAUAA